GAAAUGUAUCUCAUCGUAAUCACAGAGUAGAUGUAGUAUAUCUACUCUGUGUCGUAAUAUUAAAUCCUAAGAAAACUAAAGCCUCUGCGGAGGAGAGAGGGCCGUGUCCAUUUUCAAAAAGCUUCACUGCAUAACCCGUAAAGAAGUCGAAGAGUAUUUCAAAUUAAAAAUCUGUGUUGGAUUCUUAAAUAAAGGCUGGACAUUCAUGGAAUGAGAGGUAUAAUUAUAAAAGAUUAACUGGCUUAAUUACGGUAAUAGUCUUGAUUUAGUUUAAAAUAUAAAUAUGUCUUCAUAUACACGUGUGUUACGACGAGAAUAUACGGGCAAUCUGUCAUUAAAGACGACUGAUCACUGCAUAAAAACUUCAUUGUUGUCAAAAUUUACCCCAAAGGAUUCCCCCAAACCACAAUUAACAAUCUUCGAAAAUGAACAAUUUCUGCUUGAACUUGGCAAUGUACUUUCUUCGAAAGAAUGUGUUGAAAUAAUGAAGAAUGCAGACAAGUGUAUAUUCGAAGAUAUCAGCGAUAAGUAUCGAUUUGGCAAGCAGCGUGAUAGUUCACGAUUAUUGGCACUGGACGAAACUUUGGCAGAAAAUCUUUGGCAAAGUAUAUACCCCUAUAUAUUCAACGAAAUCACAGAUAAAGGCGUCUCUACGCAGCCACUUGGAUUUGACGUGACAAGAGGGGUUUGGGAUCUACAUGGUUUGAACGAAGCAAUUAGAAUCAACAAAUAUUCCGGGGAAAGGAAAGGCUACUUUGGUCCACACAAGGACGCCCAAUUCUGUCCAAAUGGUGAUCAACGCUCGAUAAUGACUUUACUAAUUUAUCUCAAUGAAGAUUUCGAAGGUGGUGAAACCUGCUUUUAUUUUCCAAAAAAUUCAACACUUAGCUCGAAAGGGAUGACUAUUAAAGAGGAAAUUAAGUCUCACAGAGGAUUAAAAAAAGGGUAUAAGUGUGUGAAAAUUAUCCCAAAAGUCGGGCAUGCACUUCUGAGUAGUCAGAGCAUAUUGCACGAAGCUUUACCAGUCAGAAACAGUGCAAAAUACAUCUUGAAGACAGAUGUUGUUGUGAAACGUAGCUUGAAGGAAUUUGGAUUUUCUGUGGAGGAAUGCGAGAAGAAAGAUUACACGACAUGUUUGAAUUACUUUAGACAAGCACAGCAACAAGAAUUAUUCCGAAAUUAUGACAUCGCAAGUGAUCUGUAUGAAAAAGCAUUGUCAAUUCGUUAUUGUUAUCCCAGUUGCAUCAACGAAACACCUAAAGAUAUUGAUACCAGUGGUUACACAAGAUUUCCUCCUGAAGUGUGGUAUCAUGUGUUCCAAUUCCUGUCAGGAUAUGAUGUGCAAAACAUUGUGUAUGCCUACCCGGAGUUGAAUUUGGUUAUGGCAACUUGGGAGCAAAGACAGAGGAACACUUCCUCGAAAUUAUCCAAUGUUGGAUAUUUACCAAAAAUCCGUUAUCAAAAAGGGGUGGUAACUUCAUUUGUGUUUCCGGAUGCAGAGCUUUUCAAAGAAAAAAAGAAUGAAUGCUGUCGUGUAGCCGCCAUGUACUCAUUCUUUCUUCUUGGCCAUUCACCACAGGAUGACAUUUACACAGUGAGAUAUAAUCCUGAUACUCAAGAGGUUUGUGUUGUUGCCUUGGAAACACUUCUCACUGAUGUGUUCUAUGGUCGGAGAUGUUAUGGAUCAGUUUACAAUGUCCGACAACAAGAUCCUGAAACGAGAGAUCCUAAGAAAGAUUUUGAACUCAGCGUUGAUCGGAACUACAUGUUGAUUAAGCAUGGAGCAGAAUUUACAGGCAUAGAACUGCCUGGUAGCUUUUAUGCAAAGAGUACAGUGUAUAUAACAACAAAUGACAAAGAUAGCAAUGAUGAAGGUAGCAACGAUGAUGAUGAUGGUGAGGGUAGUAGUGAUGCUGAUGAUUAUGAUGGUAUUAGUGGUAAUCCAUCAGCCAGAAUGCCAGGAGACUACCAUGAUAAUAUUGUACCAUUUUGUGGUGAAGUUGAUGAAGACAUUCCUGUUAAUCAACUUGUCAAAUUCAUGCUCAUGUCUGCAGAUAGAAAUAAUGCAAUGUGUCAGGAUGACAAUGAUUGUUUGAGUGAAGACAUAUUAAAUGAUAUGUCUGACUAUGUGGAUGGCACUCGCAAAUAUUUUCAAACCUUUAAAGAACCUCUAUAUGGAUCAUCUGCUGCACUUGUAUCAAAGCUAAACACAUCUUUGAGUUUUGAACCUGGUGAAGUAUGUGUUUGCUUUAUGGGCCCUGAUGAACAAUCAAAUGAUAAACUAGCUCAGAGCUGCUCAACUGAAUAUUUCAACCACCUUGUGUUUGAUUUUCAACAAUCUGAACUAAAUGUAGAAUUUCUAAGUGGUCCUUUUGAAGAGCAAACUGGGAAUGAAAAUUGGGAACCAGAGUGCUAUGAGGAAGCAGUUUUGCGUGACAUGGCUAAUUUUGGCUGUACUGGAGAAUUGAUUCGAGCUCAAGUCAAUAUUGAGCCUCUUUUGUCACCAGACACAUCUUUUAAUCAUGCUUCUUGUCAAUGUGGACAUCCACGUUUUGAGUUACAUCAGUUCUCCAACCUUAAACAGUAUUUGCAUUUAACAUCUCUGACAUUGUAUGCAAAAGAGAAAGAUGGGAAAAUGAUUAUGUGGACCAUCUAUGAUGGGAUUGUUGCUCUAUAACAAUAAAGAAUAUUUUGAUAAAUGUAUUGUACAGUGAGCAAAGGUCUCGGAGGUUGUGUGCUGCUCAAGACAUUUACAUGCAAAUUGAUAUUAUGUAAUUUUUAUGUGUAAGUGUCCAUUACAUAGAGAGUUUAGUGCAACUUGAUAUUAUGUAAUUUUUGUGUAAGUGUCCAUUACCAUAAAGAGUUUGGUGCAGUUUUGUUUUGUGGGGAAAACCCAUGUUUUUAUUUGGCAUACCUUAGAUCCAUAAGCCAGCCAUUAAGCCUGGAUGUUCAACAUCCAGAUCUUCCAAAUUUUGGAUCCACAUAUACGCAAAAAAUUGCAUUAAUGUGGAUCUUAAUAAUUGCUAUUGGCAAUGCUACUAGAGAAGCUGCAUUUUGUGUCGGCCAAACUUGGCAGGUCUGAUCUUCACGAUCCAGUGGUAAUGAUAAUGAAGAUCAAGGCCUACGGAUUGUAAGCUUUGCUGAACGAAUAAACGUGGUGUUUUUCACAAAACGAAACGGAAGUGUACAUGUAGAGAAAAUUUAACGCAGUGUACUGGACUUGAUGCAAUAAAAUACUUACGGACGUAAAAGACGGAGUAAAACAUGAUACAAAACCGCAACACCUGUGAAAUCUAGGGCCACUGCCUGCUGAAUGUUUUCCCUUUUAACAAAAAUUAAUCGAAUUUCUCGUCAAAUUUGCAGUUCACUCCAUGACAAGACUAUUUGAAAAUACGUGCUUUAACAACCUAAAAGUAUUCUGCUCUACCAGUGCGUCUCGAAUCCAAAGACAAUGUCAAUGUACACUGUACACUAAAGCCUGGUUUCCAUUAAAUCGUAAUCAUCGCAAUAGUCGCGGAACGCAGACAUCGCUAUCGCAAAAAUCGCAAUAAGUCUAUCUUUGCGACUUUGUCGUAAGAGUCUUAGUGAUCGGUGUGACUCAAGUUUCCGAUAAAUCGCAGUUUUUAUUAAAAUUUCCGCGCUUUUAAAAUCGUUGCGACGCUUGCGAUGCGGUUCUUGCGAUAAUUACGAUUUAAUGGAAACCAGGCUUAACAUACUAAAUACGAUUUUUUAUCAAACUAUGAUUUGUUCUUGGUCAAUAAACCGUCAUUGCGGUUGUCAUAAAAGUUUACUAGAUAUACAGAUAUUAUUUUAUUGCAUUAUAGUUCAUAUUAGUUCAUUAAUUGAUUACAAAUUUAAUGAAAAAUCAGUGUUGGCUUUACAGUAAAACGCUUCUGGCAUUGGAAGAGUGGAACUGCCUGAUAACUUUUAUACAGAGUCGGUACGGUGACGUAACGUUAGAUGAUGCCUACUGUAUAGUGUAUGUUGAUAAUGACGAGGAUAGUGGUGAUAAUCAGACGAUGCCAGAGAAGUCUUCUACCAAUUUUUGGUGAAGUUAUAUAAUCAAAACUUUUCCAUGGAUUAAAUUAUCCGAUUCCUGCUCAUGUCUGCAGUAAUAAAUGACAAAGUAAUAAAUAACCCGAAAUAGAUGGUGACCUAUGGAUAGAUCAUCAGCCCCACUUGUAUCAAAGUUAAGCACACCCGCGAGUUUUGAACCUGAUGAAAUAUGUUUUUGUUUCAUUAAAGAUCCUAAUGAAGAAUCAGCAAGUAAACUACAAACAACUGCUCGACUGAACAUUUUAACCACGUUGUGUUUGAUUUUAAAGAAUCACAACUAUAAAUUGUAAAAUAUCUCAAUAGACAAUUCCAGCUAUCGACUAAUUUUUUAUCUAGACAAGAAAGACGAAAUCUAUCAUUAUAGCUCAAAAGAGCAUCCUAAAAUUAGUAAAAUUGCAAGGUUUGGUUGCGAAAUGUUGUAAAAUACGGAAAAUAUAGCCCUGUGAACUCUGUGAAAUUAGCAAAUUUUGAGUAUUUUAGUAUUACGCGCGGUAAAAACAACCACUUUCGGCUCAAAAAUAAUGGUUAUUUUUACCGCGCGUAAUACUAAAAUACUCACAGGGCUAUAUAUUUCCGCAUUUCACAACAUUUCGCAACCAAACUUUGCAAUUAUACUAAUUUUAGGAUGCUCUUUCGAGCUAUAAUUAUGAUAUAUUUCGUCUUUCUUGGCUAGAUAAAAAAUUAGUCGAUAUAGGUGGAAUUGUCUAUUGUCUGUAUUGAUAUGCUGACAAGCCAGAAUGCUCUGCAUGUGGACGCAGUUUUGCGUGACAUGGCUAACCUUGGGCCUUGGCUGUACUGAGGAAUUGCCGAAUUAGGCCGUGGGCUGUUGUGCGAAAAAGUGCCUAGAAAAGCAAUUUCGUGGCACCCUCCUGGGAAAUAGAUUUUCUGUGGUUCAAUUCAUAGAACCAUACAUGCUUAAUUACCACAAAAAGUUCCCAAGCAAAAAACUUGCCCGACACCGAGAAAAUGGGUGAUCAGUGAUUAUCCUCUAUUAAAUUGUAUUACAGCAAGAAAAUGUAAAAUUUUGUAUUCAAUUACAACAAAAGUGCACUUGCAUUAUAAAAUUGUUUUCGAGUUAUACGCUGUCAAAAACGCGUUUUUGACCUAGUACCCAGUCCUUAUUGCGACAUUUUGGUGCAAUUUUCACAUUUAAAACAGCAAUAACUCAAAGACUAUUUGAAAAAUCAAAAAACUGUUUAAAAGUCUUAUAUGCGGUUUUUUGUACGUUUUCCGAUGAUGGAAGUCAUUUUUAUUGUAUUUGAAUACAGAAUUUCCCAUUUUUUUGCUGUAAUACAAUUUAAUAGAGGAUAAUCAUUGAUCACCCAUUUUCUCGGGAUUGGGGAACUUUUUUGUUUGGGAACUUUUUUUGGUAGUGAUGUAGCUAUAUGCCUUUCAAAUAAACCCCAAACCAAGUAUUUCCCACAUGGGUGCCACGAAGCGAAAUAAUUUUGGCCAACAGCCCACGGCCUAAAUUGUAUGAGACUGAAAUGAAUUCAAGUCUCUUUUGUCGUCAGAUACGUCUUUUAAUCAUGCAUGCUUCUUGUAAACGUGGACGUCCACGUUUUGAGUUAAACCGAGUGGACGUCUGCACCUUAAACUGUAUUCGUUUAAUUUGUGUAAAAGAAUAUGCAAGAGGAAAAGAUGCAUGGAUAAAUGUUUAUG